CACAGGACGGCGCUGAUUGACAGCUCUCCCAGGGAAAUGUCGAGGGCGUAGGAAAAAAAAGGUGAUAAAUAAAAGCAGGUCGUUGUGGUUAACAACAUUUCCCCUUCUGGAGUCAUGGCUUCCCGGAGUGCUGGAACUCUCAUAACUAACUACAAUGCUACAUACAUUCCUCCCGCCUUAAUGCCGGGAUACCGUGGCUUUGUUCCAACAAUAAACUUUACACAUGGCGAUACUUAUGGGAACACCACCAGGAAAUACUUUGAAGAUUUCCGUAUGUCAGCUCUGAAUACCAGUCAGAGUCCUUACAGCAAAGGCGGGCAAUUUCCAACCAUUUAUUCCAGCAACCCAUCACUUGUGAUAGAAAAUAGGAUGCGCAACAGGAAUAGAUGGCUAUAUGCACCGCAAUGGUCUCGCUAUGAUGUGGAUUUCGACAGAGAGGAAGAAAUGAAAGUGUUCAAUAAGUUAUCUCAGCAACACCGGGAGAACUACAAAGACAAGACAGGCAUAAUACCCAGAGUAGAUCAUUUUGUGCUGCCCGGAAAAGAGGAAGACACAUUCCCUUCUUUACCUAAAAUGUAGCUUACUCCACACAACACACCAGAAAUCUACAAUAAAACCAAGCUUCAUAGAUCUGGGAGAAAAGGAGGACUUUCAGGGCAAAUAAUAUUUACAGAUCUGAGGAAUGAUUGACUUUUGAAAUUCAAUUUAUUUUUUCUAGUUUUUAAUCUAUAUGGUUUUAAUUUUUAUCCAAGUCCUAAUUUCAUUUUAAAGAGGUCUAAUUUUAAGUGACUACAUGAUUGUUAAGUAAUUUUGUAAAUGACUGUACUUAAGUUGCUCUGUGCUUUAUUUAAUACCUGCCAAAUCACUGAACUGAAGAUAAAUCUUCAACUGCUGCUUUGGCAUCCAAUACGAUUGAAAGUUGUAACCAUUUAUCUUCUCAUUAGUAAGAAAAAAAGAGUUAAUUUUAUUUGAAAGCUUGAGUUCUUUAAUGGUCAAUUAACAUUUAUGUUUAAUGGAAAGUGAUGUUUCACCAGAUGCAUUUUUCUCUUACUAUCAAUAUGUGUCACUUCUCUGGAAGUGUGCCAAAGCAGCUGAGACAAUAAUUUAAUUGUUACUUUAUGUUUAUUGCCAAGUAAAAUACUCUGUGAUUUAAAA